AUGAUCGUAGCGCCGCUCUUCUGGGAAUGGUUCAAUGUUUGGCUGCUUCAAUUUCUCAAGGAUUUGUAUCAUGAAAUCAAAAUGGUCGCACUAAGAGGUGUUAAUGGCUAUGGUCCGCACGGAUGCUCGGGCCACGUGGGUCAGCCAGAGCUGGCUACGAGCACGAGCAAUGGUGCCGGGAACAGUACGAGCGGGCGAGGCAUACAGAUGCAGUACUUGCCGGUAUCAGGGAAGCACGAGUCUUCGCGUUACACCAACUGCGUGGCGCCCUCCAACAGCUAUAGGCUACUCACGCAGUCGCCGCAGAUCAGUUAUCCGCGGGCGUCAACACCACACAGGGCGGAGUGCUACCAUCCGUCGGGGACGGCGGGCGGAGGGUUCCUGCCUGGCGCUGGCGCCUCGCAGCCGAACCUUCGCGCCCAGCCCACGCCGCAGCCAUCAGCGCCACCCGCUCCUCAAGACAUGUCCAAGACUUCCAUGGCCGGCCAUAAUUACGUCUCGCAGCAGAGUCAAAAUGCGCAAGCACGACCGCAGUAUCCAAACUUCCCCUACAGAGCGCAGCACGGAACCCGCCCAAACACACAUCCCAGACAACAACAGCCAUAUUUAGCGGGCACUAGUGGUGGGACGGCUGGCCCCGUGGUAUACCACCACCCCACAUUGGUCUUCCAGCCUCAUAUGGGCCUACCACAGACCUAUCAGCAGCCACGCUCCUCCACCACUGGGUUUUAUCCGUACAUGGCACCGUAUUUGGGAUAUAGUACACCAACGAGUCACACACCACCAUACUACUACUCGAACAGCCAACAGCUGGCGGGCGGCGGGGUGGCGGCGGGCGCGGGGCGCGGCGCCGGGGGCCCGCUGGUGGGGCCACAGCCCGCCGCGCCCACCGCGCCCGCGCCCGCUAUCGCGCACGCGCCCCCACCGCCGCACAUGCACUCCGCGAUGCCGGGUAUACGGCCAAAUCACACGAAACGCAGCCACAGAGUACCGAUUAUACACCCGGACGCACAUCAAGAGGUGCUCACGGAACUGUACAACGACGACACUUACUUAAUGAGCGGUGAAUCGAGUGAGAGGCAAACUCCGCAACCGCAGGAUCCGCCGUCGCACAGCAUAGCGGAGGAGUUCUCCAGACUAGUGAACGAGUCGAUCGCUAACCAAUCAGUCGGCGAGAGUGCCAUGAAGCCGGUCUUCGGGCACAAGAGCGUGGAAAUGACCCCGCCCCCCGUAGCAAUAACUAUGCAACCUCAAACGAAUGCAAUAAAUUCUAUUAAUAAUAAUAAUAUAGUAAAGUCUGAUAUUUUAAAUGUUAAUGAAAAUAAAACUUCAGGACCUGAUGUUGUUGGAGAGCCGAGCGAAACUCCCGUGGUAUCAGCAAUAUCAGACAGUCCUGUUAUAGUGCCUAAAAUGCCUACAAAUAUAAAGCAGUUACAAAAGACUAGUGAACAGAGUCAAACGUUAGCGUUAGAUAAUAAUAAUAAGAGUGCGAACACGUACAAAAAUAAGCAGCAAAAAAACAAACCGCACGUGCCUCAAGCCGAAGACGCCGAGAAGCCGGUGGAGACCGCCGCUCCGGCGACUGGCGUUACGGUAUCGCCAGUGGCGAUAGCGCCGUCAGUGCCUGUGGCGGAGACUGGAGCGGAGCCGCCCGCACCCGUCCAAGCUGCCGCACCCGCCACUGCACCGACAUUCACCCCCACUCCCACUCCGAAUCCCACCCCAAUACCUACGCCCGUUGCCACCCCCACUGACACCCCAAACUUUGUCCCCAAUUUCAUUCCCUAA